GGGAAUUGGUCUCAGCUUAUACGGAUUCGAUACGACCACGGCCGAUACAAGACCGAUACUUGAAACCAUGCCACCUUCUCAGUUUUCUCUCACUGGACCUGUGCAAGGGAAAGGAUCCUAAGCCUGUGAGGCGCAGCGGUUAUGAUUAUUUGUCGGCUCGAUUAGUUUGAUUUCCGGAUAUCGAAAUGGCUGGGAAGAAAGGAAAGCAAGCAGUCAUUUGCCUAUCCUCCUCCUCUGAAUCAGGAGAGGAAUCAGAAGAAGAAGAAGUAGAAGAAGAAGAUGAUGAUGACAAUGAUGUGGAAGAUGAAGAAGAGACGAGUAGUCAGUCCUGCAGUGACGAGGGGAGCGAUUGGAGCGGCGAAGGGAGCGAUUGGAGCGACGAGGAGGAAGCAGGUUCCGAGUCCUUGGAAGAUGGUGAUGACGACGAAGACGGUUCAGAGUCGACGAAACCUGUCGACAUUGAAGCCAGCUGCAAUAGAGUCAUCAACCUUCUCAAAGCUGAUCAAAUAUUUGAGAUACCUCAUGAUUCCCCAAAUGCCUAUGUAGGAGGGGCUGAUCUUCAAGAACUUAAACUGGAAGAGUGCAAAGCAUAUUUGCGGAAGCAUAGUUUGAGAUUAACUGGAAACAAAGCAGUUUGUGUACAAAGAAUACAAGAGCACUGGAGGUCAGAUUUUUUAUGCAGAAACAUAUGCUUUUGAUACAUUAUUUUCAUU